CCGAUUCCCUUACAAGCCCACGGGCUACAUUAACCAAGCUUCCUGUCAUAAGCCAAUCCACACAGGAAGCUAUGGCCGACCAUCGAGCUCCGUCGGGCUCGUCCUCUCGUCGGACGAGGACUGGCGAGGAUAUUGUUGGUCAGUUCAUUCUUGGCUCUGAGAUAGGAAAGGGCAGCUUUGCCCAGGUGUAUAUGGGCAAGCAUAAGGUUUGUAUCCCUUUAACAUGUCAUCUAUCUAUCGUAUAUUGUUAUAUUUAUUACGCUACGAAAACAAUUUCAUUUUUUUUUCUUUCGCGAUACCCCAUACUCCAUACCUGAACAGGCGCAUGUUGCACGAAUCUUUCCCCACGAUCGUGAGUCACACGCAGGUAACAGUCCAGCUAAUGGAGAUGGAGCAGAUGUCCGGCGCCUUGGUGGCUAUCAAAUCCGUCGAGCUCGCGCGACUGAACAAGAAACUGAAGGAGAAUCUGUACAGCGAAAUCAAAAUUCUCAAGAAGCUCAGGCAUCCACACAUCGUUGCUCUCCACGACUGCGUCGAGUCCUCGACCCACAUUAACCUAAUGAUGGAAUACUGUGAAUUAGGAGAUUUGUCACUAUUCAUUAAGAAAAGAGAUAAACUUAUUACACAUCCUGCAACUUGCGACAUGGCGCGAAAGUAUCCUAGUGUACCAGGCGCUGGCCUUCACGAGGUGGUCAUCCGACAUUUUCUCAAACAGCUCGCCAGUGCUCUACAAUUUCUGCGAGAGGGCAACUUUGUCCAUCGAGAUAUCAAGCCCCAGAACCUAUUAUUACUCCCAUCAGUCCAAUAUAGGGAGACCAGUAAAGAUAGCCGCCCAAUACUCAGCGCUAGUAACGAUUCGUUAAUACCGGCUGUUGGGUUGCAAUCGCUUCCGAUGUUGAAGCUAGCAGACUUCGGAUUCGCCCGUGUGCUCCCUUCAACGUCACUCGCUGAAACCCUGUGCGGAUCCCCUCUCUAUAUGGCGCCGGAAAUCCUCCGAUACGAACGAUACGAUGCCAAGGCAGAUUUGUGGUCUGUCGGGACUGUCGCGUACGAGAUGAUAUCUGGCAAACCACCAUUCCGAGCUAGUAAUCAUGUCGAACUUCUAAGGAAGAUCGAAAGUUCCGAUGCUCAGAUCAAAUUCUCGCGGGAAUGUCAAGUAACUCCGGAAAUCAAAGCAUUAAUUCGGGCACUUUUGAAGCGUAACCCCGUCGAGAGGUUAAGCUUCGAGAAUUUCUUUAACCAUUGUGUCAUUGCUGAUGACAUACCCGGUCUGGUUGAGGACGAUUUACCUAAGAUCCAAAGAAAGCCGUCAAAGGAAGUACGUGCUGCAUCAAGAAGUGACGAGGUUGACCUGAUUCCGCGUCGCAUGCCCAGCCAUCGCCGCUACGGUACCGAUCUAGACACGACUGGUCAGGAUAUUAUCUCUUCUUCGCCAAGGGAAAAGCCCUUGAGGUCUUCGCCUCUUGCCUCCCCAGCCGAAUACAGCACCCAGGAAGCACAGUUCCAAAGUGCAACGCGCGCCUCGCAAUCCCCACGAGAUGAAAUCGCUCCGGGUCUUGGGAUUCGGCGGCCAGUAUACCCAAUACCAUCUACAUCAGCUCCCGCCCGACCUUCCCUUAUCGAGGAUCGGCGGAAACGCGGAGUUUCUAACGCUUCAGUCAACAAACAUGGCCGUGACGGCCAAAUCCCACCGUAUGAGGAGACUAGCAGGGGUAAAAAUAUGCCUGGGCACUCCGCCACGGACGAACGAACAGCAGUAGAGCAGGAUAUCGCCUUUGAGCGGGAUUACGUCGUUGUAGAGAAGAAGCACGUAGAGGUGAAUGCAUUUGCCGACGAAUUGGCCGCUAAGGGAGCACAAGCACAGGCGUCGUCUCCUAGAUCGGGACAAAUCAUUCGUCGUGCUACCCAACAAGGCCAACCGACAUCGACGACGGGUGCAAUCCCCGCUCAACCUUCCAGUGCGCUCCAAAUUGCGCAAGGCAGACAACGACCAGAACAUUACCGUCGGGGCUCCUAUGACAAGAACAUAUCCGGCAGUCCUAGUUCCGCAACAUCUGCGAUCUACAAUGCGAUAUCUGAUGCAAGUUUGAGAUUCUUCGGCAUCAAGUAUCCAACACAUCUACUUGGCAAAGGCACAUCGCCUCCACACCCCUACAAUGCGUUUCCAGCAUAUCCUACCCCUACUGCUCCGGCCGGUCUCAUUACUGAUGGACGUCAAGGUGGACCUAUCGAUGAAGACUUGCGGGUUGCCCAAUGCAUUGAGGAUUGUGCAACUCGUAGCGAUGUUGUUUGGGGGUUUGCUGAGGUCAAGUACAAGCAACUGGUACCACUGGCACCUUCGAUGGACCACGGUCUUGGUGGAGUGUCCGCCGAUAAGUUAGCCGAGGACGAGGAUGAUGGUCUCACUGUGGAAGCGAUUGUGUCACUUUCCGAGGAGGCUCUUGUCCUCUACGUCAAAGCACUUUCGCUUCUCGCCAAGUCGAUGGACAUCGCAAACAUAUGGUGGACGCGCAAGAACCGCAUUGACACCAAUUCCUCGCAGCACUUCCUCAAUCGCGAUCCAGUAAGCGCUCAGAACCUAAUAACGAGAGUAAAUUCGGCAGUGCAAUGGGUCCGCAAACGGUUCAACGAAACCCUAGAGAAGGCCGAGGUAGUGCGGCUCAAGCUACUCGACGCUCAGAAGCAGCUUCCAGAUGAUCAUUCCAGCCAUCCGGCAAACAACAAGAUGGAACCCGCUUUGGCCGGUACCUCUAGUACCGAAGGUAUCGUAUUAACGGCAGGUCUAAGCGCGGAAAAGCUGAUGUACGAGAGGGCUCUAGAAAUGAGCCGUGCUGCUGCUAUCAAUGAAAUCGCUAACGAAGAUUUGCCUGGGUGUGAAAUCUCGUACGUGACUGCCAUCCGCAUGCUUGAAGCGGUCCUAGAAAACGACGAGGAUAUAUCAAAGCGCAGGUUAUCCGGGUCCUCGAAGGUUGAGCGUGAUUUGAUAACAGAAGGUUCGUCUGAAAUGAACCAGGACGAUCAACAAUCUGUUCAUAAAAUGAUCCGAAUGAUCAAUAACAGACUCUCAUCCCUUCGCAAGAAGUUGCAGAUGAUUGCCAAUGCCUCUAAGGCCCAACAGGACUUGGCCCGAAAACGUAGCGGUGAUAUUACACCGCGCAGUGUUCCCACAGGUACUUCAUGACACGAAGGGAUCACCAUUUCUCACGACGUAUGACGACACGUAAAAGAUUGCACUACAACUCUGUACGCCCCGCGGCCUGCAUAAUUGUUUAUUAAGACGGGUAUCAAAGCUACAUUAGCGAUGGCUAGUCUCAUCGUUUUCGACAGGAUUCAUCAACAGGCGUUUUGGGCGGCAACUUGAUUUCAAUUUCAUUACACCUAUAAGCAUUCAAUUUCAUCUUCUAUUGUGGCCGUUG